CCCGAUGUGCCCCUGAGCCACCCCCGGGCCCCACCGAGACAUGUUCGACCCCGCGGGACCCCCGGCCGCCGGCUACAGCGAGCACUGCUGCCUGCACCCCCCCCACGGACCGGCCCCCGCCGCCCCGGGACCGCCAGGACUCGAUUUCCCCGUGUGCCACCAGCCCGGGCACCGCGGGUAUGGGCUGGCACCAGGAGCUGAACACCCUGGUGAUGGCUCCCGGUUCUCCACGCCCCGCGGCGCGGGAAAGCUGGGGAAGAAGCGGGCACUGUCCAUCUCCCCUCUGUCCGACUCCAGCAUCGACCUGCAGACCGUGAUCCGCACCUCCCCCAACUCCCUCGUGGCCUUCAUCAACUCCCGCUGCGCCUCCGCCGGCGGCUCCUACGGUCACCUGUCCAUCAGCACCAUCAGCCCGUCCCUGGGGUACCAGAGCCCACCCGGGCAGCAGAAGGGCCAAGGGCACCUGUACACGCCUCCCCCACCUUGCAGCUCCCACGAGCUGCCCACGCGCCCGGGGCUGCUGCAGCACCAACCUGCUCGUGGGGCACUGAAACACUGCCAGCAGCUGAAGCUGGAGUGGAGCCUGAGCAGCCCCCUGAGUGCCAAAUUCCCAGAGGAGCGAUCUGAGGGUGACAUCUCCAGCCCAGCAUCCACAGGCACCCAGGACCCCUUGCUGGGCAUGCUGGAUGUGCGGGAAGAGCUGGAGAAGGAGGAUGGCAAACCCGAGUGUGAGGCUGUGUAUGAGACCAACUGCUACUGGGACGGCUGUGCCAAGGAGUUCGACACACAGGAGCAGCUGGUGCACCACAUCAACAACGAGCACAUCCACGGCGAGAAGAAGGAGUUCGUGUGCCACUGGGCAGCGUGUUCGCGGGAGCAGAGGCCCUUCAAGGCUCAGUACAUGCUGGUGGUGCACAUGCGGCGCCACACGGGCGAGAAACCUCACAAGUGCACGUUCGAGGGCUGUAACAAGGCCUAUUCCCGCCUGGAGAACCUCAAGACCCACCUGCGCUCGCACACGGGGGAGAAACCCUACGUGUGUGAGCACGAGGGCUGCAACAAGGCCUUCUCCAACGCCUCCGACCGCGCCAAGCACCAAAACCGCACCCACUCCAACGAGAAACCAUACGUGUGCAAGAUUCCCGGCUGCACCAAGCGCUACACGGACCCCAGCUCGCUGCGGAAACACGUCAAGACCGUGCACGGCCCCGAUGCCCACGUCACCAAAAAGCACCGAGGGGACGUGGGGCCAGGCCGGGCACUGCCCACCCCCAGUGCCCCCCCGGAUAUGAAGCAGGAGAAGGAUGCAAACGGCCCCAGCGAGGCUCGGAAGGACGAUGGGAAGCUCCUGGUGCCUGAGCUGGCCUUGAAGCCCCAGCCCAGCCCAGGUGGGCAGUCCUCGUGCAGCAGCGACCACUCCCCCCUGGGCAGCACCACCAACAACGACAGCGGCGUGGAGAUGGCAGGAAACGCCGGCGGCAGCUACGAGGACCUGUCCACGCUGGAGGACGUGGUGCCCGGCGAGCCCAUGGGCACCUCGGGGCUCAUGGCCCUGCACAAACUGGAAAACCUUCGCAUCGACAAACUGAAGCAGCUGAGGAAACCGGCGGCUUCCAAAGGCCUGAACCUGCCACCCAUCCCUGGAGCUGGCCUGCCCGGGGAGGUGCCCGGCAUCCCGGUGCCACCGCCAGCCUCUCACCGGCGCAUCGCCGAGCUGUCGGCGGCAGAGCUGGGCCUGGCGUGCCUGGGCGAGCGCCGGAGCAGCGGCACCAGCACCGUCAGCUCUGCCUACACCGUCAGCCGCCGCUCGUCCCUGGUGUCCCCGUACCUGACCGGGCCGUGCCCGGGCGGCGAGGCCGGAGCGAUGCCCGGCGGGACGUGCCCGGUGGACGGCUACGAUGCCGCCUCUCCGGACGGGUCGCGGCGCUCCGGCGACGUGUGCGGGGGGCUUCCGGGGGUGGGCAACCUCACCCCGGCACAGCGCUACCGCCUCAAGGCCAAAUACGCCGCAGCCACGGGCGGCCCCCCGCCAACCCCGCUGCCCAGCGUGGAGCAGGCGGGCACGGGUGGGCACGGGGCCGUGCCCGGGGGCUACCCCGCGCCCGCCGGACCUCGCUGCGUCGCCAACGGUUUGUUGAGAAGGCACAGCUCCAACGAGCACCCCGGCUACCCGGGCAGCGUGCCUGCUCACCUGGCGCCCCGACACGGCGUGCGAAGGGCAAGUGACCCUGCCCGGACGGUGGCCAAGCCUCCGGCCGUGCCCAGGGUGCAGCGGUUUAAGAGCGUGGGGAACGUGAGCGUGCCAGGCGCGGGCAGGACGGCGCUGCAGCCCCUGGGCGGCUCCGAGGCCAACCUGCAGCGCCAUGGAUUCUCCCCACGCCCUCCCAGCAUCACCGAGAACGUCUUCCUGGAGAGCAUGGGGGGCCCUGGCCCCGAAUCCGGCCUGCUGGACAUGGAGCAGUACCUGAGCUAUCCUGAGGAAAGCUUCCCAUGCCAGGGCACUGGUGUGGAGCUCCAGGGUGGCAUCUAUGGUGCCCACCGGACCAUGGUGGGGACACACGGGGACAUGGAGGAGGGGCUGCUGCAGCCUGAGUUCUCCCUCCCGCAGUGCCAGAUGAACCAGCGCUUCCCCAGUUUGCCUGCUGGGAACGGGGCCGUGCCGGAGCCCUGGGAUGGACCCCCCCAGGGCACGCUGGGCAUGAACUCCAGGCAAAGUGUGGGUGCUCCCACCAUGUCCGGGCCACACUGUCCCCAUCAAAACAUCGAGUACCCCCAUCCCAGCGCCUGUGGGCAGCAUCCCAAACUGGUGAGCUCAUGCCAGGACCAAGAAUUUUCUGGGGGGCAUCGGUUUAACCGGCUCCAGAUCAAAUCCGAGCAGCGAUACCCGGCGCCGAGCCCAGCACUUGCUCCCUGCCCCAGUGCCAAGCUGGCCGGGCCCCCAGCAUCCCCCGCUGCCUUCGGGCACCCCAUGGAUGUGGGACAAGGUGGGUACCCCCCUGCGGGACCCACACCGGGUGGGUACAUGGACAUGGCCAGCCCGGGCUCCCGCAGAGCCCAAAUCCCCACCCUGCAGACCAAAGAGGUGAUGGUCCGGAACUACGUGGAGGCGCAGCAGGCGCUGAUGUGGGGGGAGCAGCCCCCCUCCAAGCCUGGCGUGGGGCUGGGCAGCGAGCCCGGGCAGUGCCAGGCCAUGCCAGCCCCGCCGUACCUCAGCCCCAGGUACUGCAGCUACCAACCCAAAGCGGAUCAUCUGCAGAGCCUGGCAGAGCCCCAGCACCUCCUGAGCCCGCCCUGCUUCAACCCCGAGAUGAUCCCACACCCUCCAGGUGGCCCCAAACCACCGGGUCACCAACCCAGCCUGAGCUACCCGGGCAGCCUGGCACAAGCAGGGCACGGCUACGAGGGGGUGGACACCGGUGCCCGGCGCCUGCCACGCUUGCCCCCCGCCCGCCCCGUGCCCGAGGGGUCUGGAAACCUCCCCCUGUACUACCCCGGCCAGGGCCCCCAUGGGCAGGGGGGCAAAGGUGGGCACAAGCUGGCAGGCCAGGGGGCAGCGAGUUGUGGGGGCAGCGGGCACUACGGCCCAGAGGGACUCAAGGGCACCUCCUGUUACUACCUGGACUCGGGGGAGCAGGUGGCAAACAGCCUGGACUCACUGGACCUGGAGAACACGCACCUUGACUUUGCCGCCAUUGUGGAGGAUGUGGAGACCCCCCCAGCACUGCCCGGACCCCCCAGCCCGGCCGGGGGGCUGCUGCUGCCCUCGUCUGGGGGUGCCAACAUGGCAGUGGGGGACAUGAGCUCCAUGCUGAGCACGUUGGCAGGGGAGAGCCACUUCCUCAACUCGCUGUCCUAACGGGGGGUACCUGCCCCCUGACAGGGGGUACCUGCCCUCAGGUGGGCACCUCUGCGGCCAGGGGGGGUCCCAGCGUGUUGGGCAGAGGUGGGAAUCCUUCUCACACCCUGGGGGGAAGCGGGGAACACCCCUGGAGCCCCCCCUUCUCCAGUCUCUGUCACCCUCGUUCAGAAGGGG